CUACAGGAACAUAUAUAAACCUUUGAAUGCAUCUAUUCGCUUCAAUAUCAGGCAUCAAAUCUGCAAUUAAAGAUGCGUGCGUUUGCUUGGCUUAUAUUUGUCGCUCUGGCAUACGCUAUUGAAGGAGCUCCUUCUAUCAUAAGUGAGAAUGCUCCUAUCGACAUUAAGGAUGUUAUUGAGGCUCCUAUCGGAAAAUUUAAGUAUCAAGUGUCAUUAAGAGUAAACGGCACACAUAUAUGCAGUGGAUCUAUUCUUGAUGAUUUUAAUGUGUUAACUUCAGCAAAAUGUGUUAUUGCGUUGGAGUGUGACUCAGCUAAAAUACAGGUCCAUGUCGGCAUAAACUCUUUAAAUGAUACAGGAUAUCGUCAUAACGUAGGAAGUAUUAACGUCCAUCAAAAUUACGACGAAUUAUUAUGCUUUAAUGACAUCGCCUUGAUUCACCUUAGCGAUCCUAUCAAUCACUGCAAUGUACUAGUAUAUCCGAUAAAUCUUCCAAAAUCCAAUAAAAAUUUCGAAGGCAAGCCGUGCAUAUUAUCUGGAUGGACAAAUACAACAAAUGGAGACUUACAGCAAACUGAAUUGAUAAUUGAUAAGCAAAAAGAAUGCGCGAAAAGGCAUUGGGAACUGACAGAUAGUCAUAUCUGCACUACAGCUCAAAAUAGAACGAAUGAAUACAAGAAUGAUCUUGGUGCACCUUUGGUCGCUAACGGAGUUCAAAUUGGAAUCGCUUCCUUCACCUGUUCUGGAGAACCAGAUGUUUACACAAGUGUAUCCAGUUUCCUGUCUUGGAUCAAAGCAAAUUUGAAAAAUUAAGAGAUAUUUAUUUGUUUAUUACCAUUUGGUGUUACAAAAUUUAUAA